UUGGCUAGCUCAGGCUGGCCAGGCGGUGGCGGAGGUGGCGGAGGUGGCGGUGGCGGCCGGCAUGGGCGAUGGGGGCGCCGAGCGCGACCGCGGUCCCGCACGCCGGGAGUCUCGCGGCGGGCGCGGCGGGGAUCGAGGCGGAGCGGAGGACUCGGGUGUUGAUGCCGGCCGCCGCAGCCCAAGGGAGAUCGCAGGGACCGCCGCUUCUAGCCGCGCGGGCUCCAGGGAGAGCGGCGCCGACAGCGACGGCCAGCCCGGGCUCGGUGAGGCAGACCACUGCCGCCGCAUCCUGGUGCGAGACGCCAAAGGAACCAUCCGGGAGAUCGUCCUGCCUAAGGGUCUGGACUUGGACCGGCCCAAGCGGACCCGUACCUCCUUCACGGCCGAGCAGCUCUACCACCUGGAAAUGGAGUUCCAGCGCUGCCAGUACGUGGUGGGCCGUGAGCGCACUGAGCUGGCCCGCCAGCUGAAUCUCUCCGAGACCCAGGUGAAGGUCUGGUUCCAGAACCGCCGCACCAAGCAGAAGAAAGACCAGAGCAGAGACCUGGAGAAGCGGGCGUCCUCCUCGGCCUCCGAGGCCUUUGCCACCUCCAACAUCCUGCGGCUGCUGGAGCAGGGCCGGCUGCUGGCCGUGCCCAGGGCCCCCAGCCUCCUGGCGCUGACCCCUGGCUCGCUGGGCCCGCCCUCUGGCCACAGGGCCACCUCACUGGGUGACCCCAGGAACUCCUCCCCGUGCCUCAACCCACUGACCUCAGCCUCAGCCUCCGCGUCCCCGCCGCUGCCACCUCCUCCGCCAGCCCUCGGCUUCUCCACUGCGCCGCUGCUGGACCUGCCUGCUGGCUAUGAACUCGGCUCCUCGGCCUUCGAGCCCUACAGCCGGCUGGAACGGAGAGGAGGCAGCCCUGGCGGAGGCAAGAAAGCCAACGUUUAAGCCUCCCCCGCACUGUGACACCGAGUCCCCAAGCACGGCACCGCCCCUGCCUCCCCAGCCCCGUGUGGACUGCCGGGAUCCGGCUUCCAGAGCGCAGGGGCAGCCGCGCGGCCGGCCCUGCCCGCCCCCAGCUCAGAGACUGUCCACCGAAAGGCCUUGGUCCCGCAGCUUGUGUGUGUGAGUGCGGUGUGUGUGUGUCCCUCUCACUGAAAUAAAAGGAAGACAAUGACAAGAAGGGAAACAAGAGUCCCCACAGCACCACCACUGCCCUCAAUCCCCUCUUCCCUUCUCCUCACUGGGAAGGAAAAUGGGCUGAGCCCGGGGAGCUCUACUGGGAGGGGCGGAAAUGAGAGGCACGUCCACAGUUCUGGGGCGAUCGGGGACCACGCGUGAGGGCUGACAGGCACCUCUCCUCUACUCCCAGUUAGAGCUCCCACCUGGGCACUGCAAAGCCCAUGGUGGCAACAUCGAUGCUUUUGUUGGUUAAACAUUGCUCUUUGCAGGCUCCUCUUGCAACAUAAAUACUUGAGAGGUAGAAAUAUUGAAUCCUUCAAGACAGGUAAACAGCGAAAGGUCAGAUCAGGAUCCAGAGAGCCAGAGAGGGUAAAUCCAGGCAAGAUCCCCACUCCUUAGAGAGCCCGCC